AUGCUCAGGAAAGGUCUCACUAACGUUUUAGAGAAACUCCCUACUGACGUCGUCAUUGUCUCUGCUCUCCGCACCCCAGUCACAAAGGCCGUCAAGGGCGGACUUGCCAAAAUGGCCCCUGAGGAGCUGCUAGCAACUGUCCUCAAGGGUACCCUCGAAAAAACUAAUAUCAACCCCGCUGAGGUCCAGGAUGUCCUCGUCGGUGCUGUUCUGCAAAAGCUCUCAGGUCAAAAGGCUUGUGCUGCUGCCAUCAAACACGUUGGGUUCCCCCACACUACAACCGUCAACACCAUCAACCGCCAGUGCUCAUCUUCCGCCCAGGCCGCUUCAUACCUUGCGAACAACAUCCGCGCAAACAACGGUGAAUACUUUAACAUCGGUAUUGCUGCCGGUGUUGAAUCAAUGUCCUUCGACUAUUUCCCCCACCGUGGUAUUCCUGAACGUGUUGCUGAUUCCAUCAAAAACUCCCCCAUCGGUGAAGCCCGUGAUGUUCUCAUGCCCAUGGGCAUUACCUCGGAAAAUGUCGCCAAGGAAUUUGGCAUCUCGCGCGCUGACCAGGACGCCUUUGGUCUUUUGUCCCAACAAAAGGCCGUCAAGGCCUGGGAGUCCGGCCACUUUGAUGCCGAAAUCGUUCCAGUCGAGGCUCGUGUCUUUGACAAAGAGACUGGCGAAAUCAAGGAAAAUGAAUGGACCACCAUCACCAAGGAUGACGGCUUCCGUAAGGGCCUCACUAUCGAAAAGCUUGCCAAGCUCAAACCUGCCUUUACUACUGACGGUACCACCACUGCCGGAAAUUCCUCUCAAAUCUCGGACGGUGCUUCUGCCACCCUCCUUAUGACCCGUGCUAAGGCUGAUGCGCUCGGCCUUAAGCCCAUUGGAAAGAUUGUCCACAGCGCCGUUGCUGGUGUUCCUUCCCGUCUCAUGGGUAUUGCCCCCGCUGUCGCCGUCCCCACCCUUCUUAAACAGGUCGGCCUUGAAACCAAGGACAUUGACAUCUGGGAACUCAACGAGGCCUUUGCUUCUCAAUCUCUUUAUGUCAUUCGCACCCUCGGCCUUGACGUUGAUAAGGUUAACCCAUUUGGUGGUGCUAUCGCUCUCGGUCAUCCUCUCGGUGCUACCGGUGGCCGUCUCAUUGCUACUCUCAUGAACGGUCUCAAUUCUCUUGAUAAGGAGCUUGGUAUUGUUUCCAUGUGUGCUUCCACCGGCCAAGGUUACGCCGGCCUCUUUGCUAGAGAGUAA